UCACAGUAUGCAAUUUACCCGCGCCUUUGCUCAGUGCAGGUGGUGCAGGCGAAUCCAGAUACGUUGCUGCGGUGUUGAACACAUUUUCCCGGCCUACUGUGAGAGCCUCAAGCUUGGGCGCCACCAAACCGGUGCUUUGUUAAAGCGGUCGAUUCAGUGCGGAAGCAACGCAUAUUUCGCGAUGCCUGAGAAAUGCCCGACGCUGAAGUUCGUCAAGCUUACAGAGCAUGCUCGUGCGCCGACGAGAGGCUCGACCGCUGCUGCCGGCUUCGAUUUGUACAGUGCAUACGAUUACCAGGUACCUGCCGGUGGCCGCUGCGUUUGCCUUACUGACCUACAAGUUGCGGUUCCAGAAGGUUGCUAUGGGCGUGUCGCACCACGCUCGGGCCUGGCUUCCAAGCAUGGAAUUGAUGUGGGCGCUGGCGUAGUGGAUGCAGACUACCGGGGCAAUCUUGGCGUGCUGCUUUUCAACUUUGGCAGUACCGACUUCACAGUGUCCCGAGGGGAUCGCAUUGCGCAAUUCAUUUGCGAGCGCAUCACAUACCCUGAGCUUGUCGAGUGCAAGAGCCUGGACGAGACUGAGCGAGGAGAAGGUGGCUUUGGCUCAACGGGCCUGCGAGGCUGAUUUUUCGAAAAUCAUUGAGGCACCAAAGAAUGAUUUGGCUGUGCACUGCUGCGGCUGUUUCAAGGAAUCUCCUCGACUAAGUGUUCCCGAAUGGUAUUUGUGACCAUUCGAUUCAGCAUUUGAUGAUGCCUCUAGAAAUCAAGCAGUAUUUCUUGUUGCAUUUGGAAAGCUAGGAAGAAUACCACGCCGUCCAGUGCUGUGUGAUAAAAUAAAUGAAUGUUGUACAAAUUGUGUU